AUGAUAAAGGGCGUACUUAUAACUAAUAAUAGCGGGAAACCAAGAUUCCUUCGGUUCUAUGAUGGAAGCAGUCAUGAAAGACAACAGUUGAUAACCAAGAGAGUCCAUGAAAUUAUAAAAAAUAGACCACCAAAUGAAUGCUGUUGUUUUAUUGAGGAUGAGGAAUUAUUUGCUUCUGAUGUAAAGGUCGUUUACAGGCACUUUGCUACCUUAUACUUUGUUUUUAUUAUUGAUUCCAUGGAAAGUGAGUUAGGAAUUUUAGACUUAAUUCAAGUUUUCGUGCAAGUUUUAGACGCAAACUUUGAAAAUGUUUGUGAACUCGAUCUAAUAUAUAAUUAUGAACAGACGAACUAUAUUUUAGAUGAAAUAAUAAUGGGAGGUAUCGUGUUAGAAACAAAUAUAGACGCUAUAAUUAAUUCAAUUAAUGGAUCAAAAAAGUUGAUUGAAAGUGAGUCUUCUUUUUUCGGUGAUUAA